ACCCUAAUGAAAGUAUGUACUUGGGGUAGUUGCAGACCAUACCAACUUGGAGAAAGAGAGAAACAGAGUAAUUAAGUCCCACAAAUGUCGAAGCAUCGACAGGGACAAAUCACAGCCGUGGGACCCAACCCAUCACAAGCGUCCAAUUCUAUACGGCUGGGUCGCACCAACACCCGCGCCGCACCCGAUGCCUUUCUACCUAUUUUCCUUUUCAUAUUCGCAUUCUCUCUCUUAAUAGUUAAUAGUUAAUCGAAGAGAAUCAGAAUAAUAAUAAAAGUUCAUCAACCCUUCAAACCUCAAACUUUUGUUCUCUUCUUUCUCUCUCUCUCUCUUUCAAACGAUGAAGAAGCUCUACCGUAAAGGAACCGUCCACCCCUCCCCCUCUUCCUCUCCGCCGCCGCCAACCAUCUCCGACCACCUCUCCUUCCUCCCCUCCGCCAUCCUCACCCUCACUCUCUCCCUCUCCCCGGAGGACCGGGAAGUUCUCGCUUACCUCCUCUCUUGCUCCUCCUCCUCCUCCAACAACAACCACUUCUCCAACAACAACCACCACCACCACCGCAGGAACCCUAAGGUGGUCGUGGAUGGCGAUCAUCCUCCUCUCUUUAACUGUUCCUGCUUCCGCUGCUACAUGAGCUACUGGGUGCGCUGGAACUCCUCUCCUAACCACCAACUCAUCCACGAAAUCAUCGACGCCUUCGAAGACUCUCUCACCCACACGGCGAAACUCUCCAGAAAGGAUAAAAGAAACAAGAGGGGCUCCAAAGCCAAGCCUCCCGAGUUGACUCGCUCCGAGUUUCACUCUUCGCCGGCCGAAGCGCUCCCCGAGGGGAGCGGUAGUGGAGGAGGUGCCGGCGGAGAGGUUGAAGUCUGUGAAGGCGUUGACGGUGGUGAAGGUGAGGAGAAAGGGUCGGUGAGAAGGUUUGUUAGUUUCAUCGGAGAAAGGAUUUGGGGUGCUUGGGGUCCCUGAGUGAGUUUUCAAGAGAAAAGGUGGGUUUAAUCUUUACCCUUUCUUUCUCUCUUUUGUUUUUUUUUUUUUAAUUUAUUUCUAAACUUUAUUAUUAUUAUUAUUUUUUGCUUUUUGUACAUUAAUCACUUCUCUUGAAUGUAUAAAAAGAAAUGGCAGUGUUUCUGCUUUCCAUCAGUUUUGUUACAGUUUGAAUGAAAGCAUAGGCAUGAAAAUAUAGGACACACUGUCCUCUUUAGGGGUAUUGAGCCAAGGACUAUUUCUCUUAAGGGAAAGUGACCUAGUGGAUUUUUGCUUAAUGGAAUGACUUCAUUUAAUUCUUU